GUUAACUUCAUUGAAAUCAUUUGUGGGUUUUAAAGCGUUGAAUUUGAGAAGUAACGACGCCAUUUGAAUGAUUUCCCCCAAAACUUGGCACGCGAGCAGUAACGUGGAACUGACAGCGUGUAUUUUUCUCCUUUAAUACAGUUUCUCUGCGCUCUCUGUGGAGCUUCAUUGUUGACGGCAGUUUUGUUCUAACUGCAUUUUGCGCAACAGAAUGGCUCGACCAUUUAAACGUAUUGAAACGUAUUUCUUUUAUUCGCACCCUGAAUAUCACUGGGCUCGUUUAUGUGGCUGGUGAAACACGGACGCUGAAGCUUUUUUUAAUCGUUUUCGUCGACGUAACUUCAAAUUUUUCAACGGCACUUUUUGUUUCGCGACAACAAGAAAACGGAGCUUAUUUUGAAGUUUAUCGUCGCGUGAGAACGUGGACAGCACGUAUUUAGUAACGGUCCAUAAUAUUCAGUGUGUCUUAGCUGCUUUAUUUUCGUGUUGUUUUGUUACUUAUUGAGAACUACAUAGUUCAAACGUAUUAUCGCUUCCCUUCUCCCCAUUGAAUGAAUGGGCUUUUAGGUGCGCAUGCGUGAAGGAUCUCAAAGUUUAUAAACAAGAGGGGAGUCACAUGACGAGAUUGUUGUGAAAUAGAUAUGACCAGAACACGCUCUUAUCGUGUUUACGUGUUCGAAACGGAAUAUGUCAACGUGUUAUGGACAAUACUAUCCAACACACAGACACCUGGUCAACACACUGGAGCUUUGAGAACGUGUGUCGGUGUAUUAUUAGGUAACCAGCUCUGUGUUACCUCACGUCACCUCAUGUCUCCUUACGUCACCCCAACCCCAGCCUAUACGUUACGGCUCAUUGGAGGAUCAAGUUCCUGUGCACGCGUGCGUUAGUGGGUGCUCAUGGGAGUCCAGUAAUGCAGAUGCCAGUAAUGUUUAGCUUUACCUUUCCCGCGGACGCGAUGGUCUGGGAGGUGGUGACCCCCGCAGUGCUGUCCGGUGACCCCAAACGUCAGAGCGCGCGGCCUUCUGAGCCUGAGGGCGAACCCGCAGGUAACCCCGGAGCGGCGCGCUGCGCAGAGGUGAUGAUGGAUGCAGAUGGCGACCAGUCACAUGACCUGCUGCACUGUGAGGAACGCCUCUCGUCCUCACCCGGCUUCCCCACCAGCGACAGUUACAUGGAAUACGACGACCUCCCAGACCUGCAGGAGGUCCGGGAGGAGGCGGAGCUAGCGGCGCCACCUGUCUACCAGGUGGACGCGAGCCUGUCGCACCAGGAGCGGCGUGCGUGCGCUCGGCCUCCAGACACACACUGGCUGACACAGCUGGCUCAUAUCGCCACCGGACCUCAGAGCCCUCUGCUGCGAGAGCCUCCCGGCAGCAGCUCCUCUCCGGCCUUGCACUCCAGCACCAGCAGCAAUCUACAUUCCUACGCCCGGCCUCCCUCCCGUCUCCCCCCGUCGCACCCCAGAGGUCACGGCAGGGAACGCCGGCGCACCAGGAAGAGCAGUGAAUGUGGUUCUGCUGUGUCGACCAGAUCCUCUCUGUCUGAUAAUGAAGACAUGGGCUGGAGCUUCUCCUGUCCGCCCACGGCCUGGCACUGCUUUCUCAAAGGCACCAAUCUGCGUUUCCACCGUGGCUCCAACGUGGAGUGGCAGGACGUGGAGGACCUGGACUCGGCCGAGGAGAACUCUGGGGACGAGGAGCGGUCCGGGUCUCUGAAGAGUUAUGGCUCCGAGGGUCUGCAGCUGGUGGAGCAUUCAGAGACUGUGCUGUCUGGUCAGGCUGUCCUUCAGCUGACCUUUGACCCCGGCGCAUUCGGGCACGCCGCCAUGACCGCCCGGUGCCACCUCGACCACCCCUUCUACGUCAAAAAGAAAGGCUGGUCGUCAUUUCACCCGAGCUUGACCGUGGUGCGUUAUGGGAUACCGUGCUAUGAGAUGGAGGUGGGAGACGUGUGCCUCCCCCCGGGACACAGAGACGCCAAACACACCGACGACUCGCUGGUCUUCGACACAUUCAGGAGUUAUGAUUUCACUCCUCGGGACUCCUCUGCGGUUUACGUGCUGAGCAGCAUGGCGAGGCGGCGGCGUGCAUCGAAGUCCAGCGGGGGAGCCGUUUCCCCAGAGAGAGACCCGUCACAAGACGGUUCCGGUCACGCCCGCUCUCCUCAUCAAAAGCCAACCAAAAGCCAGCAAGCUGCCGCCGCGGCAGGAAGCAGCAGCAACAACGCCACGCCCACUAAGUGCAAGCGGCCAAUGAACGCCUUCAUGCUGUUCGCCAAGAAGUUCAGGGUGGAGUACACACAGAUGUACCCGGGGAAGGACAACAGAGCGAUCAGCGUCCUCCUCGGGGAGCGGUGGAAGAAAAUGCGAAGUGAGGACCGACGGACGUUCACCGUGCAGGCCAAAGUCCUCGCAGACGAACAGAAAAGACUCAACCCAGACUGCUGGAAACGCAAACGAACCAACUCUGGCUGUCAGGGAAAUUAAGGCUGCAGACAGGAAGACAGAACAGUCUGUAGGAAAACACACACACACACACACACACACACACACACAGAGAAGUAACAAGGAAAAGAGAUACUUUUUGUAGACAUUUUGAGGCGCUCUCAACGAACGCCUCUCCCUUCCUCUUGCUUUUAAAAGGUGCUGAAUGUACAAAAUAUUAUUUCAAAGUGGCAUCGCUUAUUAUGCGUCUAAAGUAAUUCUAAGAAGCUAUGAAACAUUUUAAUGCUACAGCGCACUGCGGCGUCUCCCUCCUGAGACGACAUUUUUCCCCAAACGCAAUAACAAAGCAGCUCAACCGGAGUUCAUCUCCACCACUUAUUACCAUAUGUGUGAGUAAGCCAAUAACGGAGAGAGAUGCUCAUCACAUGCUUGAAACAGGUGGAAGUUGUGGCGCUGUAGCAUUUUAGGUGAUGUAGACGAUGUAGCUAUUUUCCCAAAAUUAUAUACAAAGAAAUAUAUUUAAGUAUUUUCUUGCCUGUAUUACUUGCAUUUGCACUCAGUAUAUUGCACAAGACUACAUAUUAUAACCUUGCUUUUGGUGUAAUUUAUCAUGUCACGUUUAGUUAUUAAACAAAUUGUAUGCCAUAAAUUCUCAAAUAGUGGCCCAGGAGUUUUAUUUAAGUCCAACUUAAAAUAAUAAUCUCGAAGAUUUUCCUUUAAAUGCAUAUCUGUUAAGUCCCUAUUUGUCACCGAAUGAGGUGAUGAAAGCUGUGGGCGGAGCUAAAUCAAUGGACCCGCUCUUCAACUCUCUUUUGUGGUGAAGCAGCAUCCUGUUAGUCUUUCUCCAGGUGUCUCUCUGCUAGCCGAACAAAUGAAAACACAGCUGCGAUUACCGCUAACUGCCAUAGGUGUCGCCAAAGAGACCGGAAUGAAGAUCUACGAGAUUGCAACUUUAGGAGAGACUCUGGCCUUUUAUAUGUUAAGGUUAACUUCUAAAGUUUAUAACAAUUUUAUCAACCAUAUUUUACAGUAAGAAGCUUCUCAGUUUUCCAAACAUUAAAACAAUGUGCAGCGGUUCAGGGAGGCAGAAUUCUUUCACUCUGCAAAGGCUUUUAUUUUGAAAAAGGAAAGGAGUGUUGAGUUUCAACAGUUUUCUUGAGACAGAAUGAAUGCAGUGCUGCAUUUUCCAUGACAGUCAUUGUAAUAUAUGUACUAGCAAUAACUACUUUUUUUAUUUUUGUUUUAUGGCUUUCAUGUGAGAAUUUACGGUCGUUAAUAUGUAUAUGUCACAAAAGAUAUAAAAUGGGUAUGUUACAGUCAUUACACCACAGGCAGCAGGACGAGGCCAAGAUUUGAUUCGUCAGCCAUCACCUCCACACCGGCGACGUGUCCUCCGUUCUAACAUCUCUAUGUGCCAUAACACAAUGUCUCCUCAUCAAAGUAACGGUGUAUUCCUGUAUAAUCACAGAGACAUUAAUACAGCUGAGGCUUGAUGGAGCUUCAAGACGGCUUCCACUGGAGAUCAUUUCAUUCAGUGUUUGUCUGGUUCAAAGCAAGAAAAAAAACAUGGUUUCUUUGGCCCCGCCCCUUUGAGUUUGUUUAUCUUCUCCAAUGAGUUUUGAUGGCUUUAAUAAAUGUCAAAAAUAGGAAUAGAUUAUAAAACAACAGGGUAGUGUGCACACUGAGAGAAUCCUAAACAUUUUGUGACGAGACAGAUGAGACGUGGGACAAAAAAGUUGUCGCGGCCAUUAACUAGUAAUUUUACAUGAUCAGAAAUCAGUAAGAAUAUAUCUUUUUAUUCAGGUUAUUGUGUUUCCAUGCACCAUGGAGUCCUAAUAAAUAGCACAUUUGGCUCAGAUGAUGGAGGUCUAGAGGUUUUAUUUAUUUUUUUUAUCUUCGUGCAGUUUGAGUUUGAAACAAAGACAGCUGUUGUAAUAACAAAUAUAAAACAGCGUCUGCGAUGUGAUACUAUCUUAAGUACUGAUUGCAUGGAAACAAAACUACUGCGAACAUGAACAUCAUGCAGAAAGCUUGAGCCAGUGUGGGUACUCAUAACCUCACUGCAUAACGAGGUUUAUUCUUAAUGCACUAUAUACACUUUAUCUCACGUGACUGCUACAGUAUAAUAUGUGACAAACAUUAAUAUCAUUAUAUAGAAAUGCAUAUAUUUUUGGUUUUGACUUAAUCCUUGUUAACCGUUCAUGGUUGUGCAUUGAUUAUUAGUUUGUCUUUACUAUCGUGUCACGUACAGGUUGAUCAGGGGAGACCAUGCAACACACUGUAUUAUAAUAUGAAUAAAAGCAUGAUCAACCUGUGUCUGUGUGUGUUUGAGACUUUAAUAAAAU